GUACUCUCGCGUUAUUCAGGCGGUCAGUGCCUGGUAGGAAUAAUGGCCUCCUUCGUAGUAAUGGCUCAAACGGAAAACAACACAAGAGGCAUAUCUGAGCGUUUUAGCUGACCGUGAGGACCGCUAAUUACCGGGCACCCCCUCAUACCCGGUUUUCAGAACGAAUGGGUAGAGGGGGUUACGCCAAAGGACAAGAGAAGCGAAAGAGUCGGGGUGAAGGAGAAGGAAGAUAAGGCUAUUUUGAUAGCUAGCGCUAGCUGUCAAUACGACACCGGGAAGCAGAAGCCCGAUUAGCUGAGAAACUCGGGAGGUUUGGAGCAAACGACUAAACGCUGGAGCGUGUGAUCAAAUAAAAUAUGAGCGGUCCGGGACAGGACAGCGAACCAGAGGCGAAAGUCCUUCUCAUAAAGCGUCUUUACAGAACUGUUGUGGAGUGUGUACAUAAGCUGGAUGGCAUCAUCGGUAGCAAAGCAUCCUACAGAGAGGUCUUCAAGCCAGAGAACAUCAGCCUUCGUAACAAGUUGAGGGAGCUCUGUGUGAAACUGAUGUUUCUCCACCCCGUUGACUAUGGUCGUAAGGCAGAGGAACUACUGUGGAGGAAGGUUUACUAUGAGGUCAUCCAGGUUAUCAAGACCAACAAGAAGCACAUCCACAGUCGCAGUGCUCUGGAGUGUGCUUACCGAACACACCUGAUUGCUGGUGUUGGUUUCUACCAACAUCUAUUGCUCUACAUCCAGUCACAUUACCAGCUGGAGUUGCAAGACUGCAUUGACUGGACCCAUGUUACAGACCCAUUGAUUGGCCAAAAGAAACCAGUAUCAGCCUCCCCCAAGGAAAUGGAGUGGGCACAAAUGGCCUGCCAUCGCUGUCUCGUCUAUCUAGGAGAUCUAGCACGUUAUCAGAAUGAGCUGGCUGGAGUGGAGGCUGAGCAGCUUGCAGAAAGGUUUUACCAUCAGGCCCUUUCUGUCAUGCCACACGUAGGCAUGCCUUUUAAUCAGCUCGGCACACUUGCAGGAAGCAAAUUUUACAAUGUUGAAGCAACCUACUACUAUUUGCGUUGUAUCCAGUCAGAGACCCCAUUUGAUGGUGCCUAUGGCAAUCUGAAGCGUCUGUUCGACAAAGCUGCAAAGAUGUACCAUCAAGUAAAGAAGCAAGAAAUUAAGAAGUUGUCUCCUUCUCGGCAAAGAUUAAAAGACAUCAAGCGUCUUCUGGUCAGCUUCAUGUACCUUCAAAGCCUGCUGCAGCCAAAAAACAGCCUGAUGGAGACUGAGCUUACAUCACUUUGUCAGUCUGUGCUGGAGGACUUCAAUCUGGUGUUGUUCUACCUACCACCACCAACCCAGAGCGGUAUUCACCAGUCCCCAAGUGAGGAGGAGGAGGAGGAGCAGCAGUACUCUGAUAGCUCCUGUCCUGUGCUACCUGACACUUUAGUUUUUAAGAUGGUGGUCACCUGUCUAAUGGUGGUGCACAGCCUGAAGCGAGGAGGAUCAAAGCAGUACACUGCGUCAGUAGCUUUUACUUUGGCCCUUUUCUCCCAUCUGGUCAACCACGUGAACAUCCGGCUGCAAGCUGAACUAGAGGAAACAGAGAGUCAAGUGCCUGCUCUGCAAACUGAUGCCACAGAUGACCUAGAAGUGAAGGAUUUCUCCGCUCCACUGACUGAUCACACUGAGAGGCCUGUGCAGAAUGGUUCAAUGGAGCAAGAAGAUGAUGAAGAGGAAAAGGAAAAAAAUGGUUGCAAAUUGGUUGAUGGCCAAAAUAAUGGCAGUGUGGAGGAGCAGCACACGUUGGAAGAAGAGAAACAGAGGCAGAAAAAGAAGUACACCCGUCUCUCUCGACUCCGCAGACGCCGUUAUGCCCGUAAGGAUGGUCAGGCAGAGGAUGAAAGUGACCUCAGUGAAGGCUUUGAGAGUGAAGAAGAUGAAGACGAUUAUGAAGAGCAGGAUGCACGUGUUGAUUCAACAGGUGGCACGCCAUCCGGAACCCCUGUUAAUCCUUCCUCUCUAAGGAAAGAGAGCAAAAGAGACCAUUUAGGUGAGGAAGGAAAUUGGGGAAGCGGUUCAGAAGAAGAGGAAGGAGGAACAGCCUUUGAUGUAGAGACAGACUCUGACAUGAACAGCCAGGAGUCUCGUUCAGACCUGGAAGACAUGGAGGACACAGAAAACUCGGACAACUUGGAGUCCCAGGCUCAAGAGCAUCAGGACAAUGAAGAGGAAGACCAGCCUAAGGAAGAUGGGCAAGAUGACACACCACCAGCCAUCAAUGGGCCGCUCAUGCCCAACGAUCCCAGCAUCAGCAGCAACCUACAAGCCAUGUCCUCACAACUCUUCCAGUCCAAACGUUGCUUUCGCCUGGCACCAACCUUCAGUAAUGUUCUACUGAGGCCCCAGGGUGCAUCUUCCUCUGGGAGUCCCACCCCCAACCCCACGCAGUCCUCUGCUCCACCUUCCCAAGAGACACCUCCUCUACCUGUAGAAUCACUCUGUGAAAUGAAUCCUGGCACUGCCAAUGGAACCAAUGAAAAUGAUUUGGACUCUGACUCAGAAGGCAGCCAGCACAGCAGCCAGUCAGUGCCCAGUGAAAAAACUCUCUUAGAGAAACUGGACAUCCUGACAAAUCAGGGACUAAUCCAGGUGGUGAAGGUCUUUGUUGAUUGGCUGAGGACAAACACUGAUAUUAUCCUUAUGUGUGCACAGAGUUCUCAAAGUCUGUGGAAUCGAUUGUCUGUGCUGCUCAACUUGUUACCAGAUGGCAACAAGAUGCUCGAAGCUGAGCUUGGUCUGAAUGCAGAGGUAACUGAGCUGCUAAAUGAGUGUGAGCAGCCUGGUUUGGCUCAGAGUCUGCUGCUGCCUGAGGAUUUGGCUCUCCGUCAUCUGCCUGCUCUCAGUGUAGCUCACCGCCGGCUGGACUUCAGUUGCCGCAGUCACUCACUGAGUCCCCUGCAGGAGUGUGUGGUCAGAGUGUGUUGCAUCCGCAGUUUUGGCCACUUCCUUACAAAUCUCCAGGGCAAUGUGCUGCACUUUAACCCAGAGGCAGGCAUCUUCACCAGUAUCAACCAGUCCAAUCAAGAUAAUCUGGUGCAGCAAGCUAAAGCCCAAUUCCGAAUGGCUGAAGAGGAGGCUCGUCGAAAUCGCCUCAUGAGGGACAUGGCCCAGCUCCGACUGCAGUUGGAGGUGUCACAGCUAGAGGGCAGCCUUCAACAACCUAAGGCCCAGUCAUCAAUGUCACCCUACCUGGUGCCAGACACGGCUGCUCUCUGUCAGCAUCUGAGUCUCAUCCGGCAGCUGGCUGGCAGUGGUUGUUUCAUCAUUAUCAUCCCACGGACAGUGAUUGAUGGACUGGACAGGUUGAAAAAAGAAAAUGUUGGUGCAAGAGAUAGCAUUCGCUUCCUGGAGUCUGAAUUUCGCAAGGGAAACAGGUACAUUCGCUGCCAAAAAGAAACGGGACGAAGUUUUGAAAGAGAUAAACUGAAACGGCAGGACAUUGAGGCUUGGCAUCUGUAUAAGAUGGUUGACAGCUGUCGUCAGUUAACAGUGUCUCAGAGCAAUGGCGAUGAUGAUACAUCCGGCAUGGUGACUAUUCUCACUGGACGUCUAGUGGAGGAGCUUUGCACUCGCUCAGCAGCAAUGAAGUCGGCCAUCCAAGCAGCAAGCACAGCAGGCAUGGAGUUGAAGAACAUUGUGGAUUUCUACCGUCAGUGGAAAGAGAUUGGCUGAGAGGUUAACACGGGUAGCUGUCGGCGCUCCAAACAGCUGAUCGAUCACAACACUCGCUCCCUCUCUCUCUCCCACUCUUUUGCUCUGUGUGUAUCUGCAUCUUAAAAAGGCAACAAAAAAAAACAAAAAAACAAAAACUCAAAAGAAAGACAGAUCAAAGAGUUAAAGUAUAGCGGGAAGAAAUGUUCACACUUUGGAGGCGAAAAAAGUAAAAGAGAAAUGCGAGUGAAACGACAGCUCUCCCACCUCCCAUUCCAUAAAACAAAAAGAUUGACCUCUAGUGGUCGGGAUGAGGCAAUGGUGGGGUAACCCUACACAACAUUUAAGUGCCCCUGGUUCACACCCUAACCAGGAAUACACUGUAUAUGUUAGCAAACGAGUACAUACGUGUCGAGAGAGAAGGCUCAUGCAUAACACACUCAUGCGCAGAUGAAUCCAUAUAGAUAUUUAGAACUGUGGUUUGAAUUUCUGUCCCCUCAUCCCAUUCCGUCUGUAUUUGAGAACAGGGACAAGAAUGUUGGAGUGUCGAGGGGCAGCUUUUUGUAAAGACGAGGGUGUAUGGAGAGAAUAGGUUCUGGGCACCUGAUACCCACAACUUGCAGCAUUCUGAACAGCCACGGUCUCGUAGCUCACAGGCCUCUGCAGUGAAAGAUGUGCACUUCUAGAUCGGUUACCUUCCUAUGUGGCUUUUUUGUCUCCCCCCGCCCCUCUUAUUUGCAGUGUACUUUGGUGAACAGUGACUUAUGUAUUGUGCUAUCUCUAAGAAAAAAAACAUUUACAGGUGCUGCCCUGUUGAAAGUUUUAAUCUGGAUUUUAUUUUUAUACCCAAAUGAUGUUCAUUUGCUUUUGUAAGAUAAAACUGAGUUAAAAUAUGCAAGAAUGUUUAAGGACAAGGUUAUGUGGUGAUCCACUGGACAUUCCCUGCAGUUUUCAAAAAGAACAAGAAUUAUAACCCAGAACUUAUUGAAACACAUCAGAUGGGCGAGGGGAGGAGGGCUAAUGAGCUCAUGUUGUAGCUGUCGAGGCUCAGAAGAGAGAAGGCCAGUGCAAAUUUUGCUUGGACCCCUGUGAAGUCCUAAAAUGUAGAUCAUCGAAAUCACCAUCUCCAUCGUGACUGUCCGAUCUUGCACAAUGCAACAAAAAAAGAACCAGUAUAUGUGUGUGGCCAUGCAUUAAACAAUAAAAGGAACUGAUUAAAGAU